ACUCCGCAGGGUCAGUGAGACUUUUUUCAUAACAUGUAUUACGCGGUCUGACGCAAAAUGCUACAAUUGACAUGUGUUUUUAUUUAUACAUAUGUAUAAGCUUAUUUUUUUUUAAACAUGGUUUAUUCCUGUUCGACCAUUAUUUGAUCUAACACGUCUUACUUAAUGUUUAAUUGGACCUAUUUCCGCGACGAACGUUGACAGGCAGUGCUUAGGUCUAUCCUAAACAUGGCCACCAUGAUGGAGUAAAGCUUCAACUUUAAAUUUCACAUUUUUUGAAGAAAACUUAUACAUUUUCUAUAUUUUGACAGGAAUGUUUCAACGGAAGAAAUUAUAUCAGUCAUCUUAUCCAUAUGACAUCAAUGGAGAAAGUUUCUUGUUGGAUUUAAUACUGGUUUAAGUUGUCUGGAAGCGAAAAAAAAUAAUUGCAUCAAUUCCGUAAGCGUUUUAAUUUCUCUCGAUAGUUUUAAAGCUUUUACAAACAUUUUGUGGGAUUUUUCAAGUUGUGGAUCUAUCUUAAUUGCAAUAAUUUUGUUGUGAAGAAUUGAAGAAGCGAUUGGGAUGUAUUUUAUAAUUCUUAUGCGUUUUCUGGCAGAAAGUAAAUCUUGGUGGUCGAUGGGAGAGUAGUAAUGUUCACUGAUUGACGUACUUUUUAAGAAGCCAAUAAACUGAAGAAUACAUAAAAGGAUAUAACAGUUUGUAUGGUUUUGAGGCGCCGAAAGUGCACUGGUCACUUCCCCCAUAUUUUUGAAUUGGUGGAUGAACGAGUCAGCGACACCCCUUACCCCACUUAUACUAAACGAAAGUAUGACAUUUCUCAUAUUGCUUUAAAGGUCAUGAAGGAAAUACAUCUACACUUCUAGGUUCUAAAAGAAUGUCAUCAGAGAACAAGAGUCUGGAUCCCUCUGACCACGGACCGUCUACUCCCCUGAGCAGUACUGGGGGGCGCACCCCCUCCCCUGCCCCCACAGACCGGCGCCCCCGUGGCCGGCCUCGUAAGGAUGCAGGCUCUGGAUUACCCACACCCAGAAAGAAGGGCCGUAGCAGAGGCCGAGCCCAGGUUGAGGAUGAGGACAGCAUGGACGGGACGGAGACCGCCGAAGCAGAGAACAUGCAGGAUAUGGAAGUUAAGGAGCUGGUCCUGGAUGUUGAGGAGGAGAUCAUGGUGCCUAGCCCCAGGGACGACAGACCCCUCUCCCCACUCUUCCAGCGCUCCGUGUCGGAGGACUCUGCAGGAUCCUCCGCCUCAACCCUGGAGCACGCCAAAGUCCGUGAAAAGCUGUGUGCCUUCUGCUACUGUGGCGAGAGGAGUUUCCUGGGCCAGGGCGACCUGAUGGUGUUUGGCCCCACGCCGGGUUACGUGCCGCUGCACAUCCGCAACCGACGAGGCAGCUCGGAAAAGGACGAUGACUACCACGAAGAUGACUUCCAAGACGACCACCACGACACCAAGAGCCCAGGGCAGCGCAAUGGCAGGAGGGGCCUUAAAAAGGUCAGCUCUCCGGACAGUGGUCUCCACUCCUCCUCGGCACCCGGCAGCACGGACCCCUUCAGCGAGGAACUGGCCCCUAAGUUCUGGGACGAGCUGGGUCAGAUCGGCCUCCCCGAUGACAUCAAUGUCCAGUCCCUGUUUGACCCCACAGGCCAGUGCUGUGCCCACCUGCAUUGUGCCGCCUGGUCUGAGGGGGUGUGUUGCGGCGAGGCCCAGGAUUCACUGCUCUACGUGGACAAAGCCAUAGACUCAGGGAGCACAGAGUGCUGUGCAUACUGUAAGCGCCUUGGAGCAUCUAUCAAGUGCUGUGAGGAAGGCUGCUGCCGCUCCUACCAUUUCCCCUGCGCCGCCGCCGCUGGAACUUUCCAGGACCUGCGCCGACACACUCUCCUCUGCCCAGACCACCUCCAGCUGGCCUCACAAAGAUCUAAAGAGGAGGUGAAGUGCUUGUUGUGUGGCAGUGCUGGGGAUCUGCAGGACCUGCUCUUCUGCAGCUCGUGUGGGCAGCACUACCACGGGGCGUGUCUGGACGUGAGUGUCACCCCCCUGAAGAGGGCCGGGUGGCAGUGCCCCGAGUGCAAAGUCUGUCUGACCUGCAGGAACCCAGGGGAGGACAGCAAGAUGCUGGUCUGUGACAUGUGCGAUAAAGGCUAUCACACCUUUUGUCUCCAGCCUACCAUGAAAUCCAUCCCCACCAACGGCUGGCGGUGCAAGAACUGUCGAGUGUGUUCUCUGUGUGGGGUCAGGCAGGCGGGCCAGUGGGCCCACAACAUCACACUGUGCGAGGGUUGCCACGGGCAACCGGAGGAGCCCGCCCCCGCCCUGCCAUGCCCACUGUGUGUGAGGGGCCAGGGCCACGGGGAUGCCCCUAAGGACCUCCUCCUCACCUGCCACACAUGCAAGAGGUGGCUUCAUGGGGAGUGUGAGAAGCAGGCAGGGGGCAACUCGGACCUCCACCCACAGGCCGACUACAUGUGCACCGUCUGUAAGCAGGUGGAGAGCGACAUGGUGGAAACCCCGGCCAGCCCCAUCCAGGAAUCCACAGAACCAGAACCAGAACCCACUAUGGAUGUCUUCAUGGCUGUGGUGGAGGAGGAGGUGUCACUGGAGGAGGAGGCGGCGCGUCCAAGCCCUCGGCUGGAGGAGGAGGAGGCGGCGCGUCCAAGCCCUCGGCUGGAGGAGGAGGUGGCGGCGCGUCCAAGCCCUCGGCAGGAGGAGGAGGAGGCGGCGCGUCCAAGCCCUCGGCUGGAGGAGGAGGAGGCGGCGCGUCCAAGCCCUCGGCUGGAGGAGGAGGAGGCGGCGCGUCCAAGCCCUCGGCUGGAGGAGGAGGAGGCGGCGCGUCCAAGCCCUCGGCUGGAGGAGGAGGAGGCGGCGCGUCCAAGCCCUCGGCUGGAGGAGGAGGAGGCGGCGCGUCCAAGCCCUCGGCUGGAGGAGGAGGAGGCGGCGCGUCCAAGCCCUCGGCUGGAGGAGGAGGAGGCGGCGCGUCCAAGCCCUCGGCUGGAGGAGGAGGAGGAGGCGGCGCGUCCAAGCCCUCGGCUGGAGGAGGAGGAGGAGGAGGCGGCGCGUCCAAGCCCUCGGCUGGAGGAGGAGGCGGCGCGUCCAAGCCCUCGGCUGGAGGAGGAGGCGGCGCGUCCAAGCCCUCGGCUGGAGGAGGAGGAGGAGGCGGCGCGUCCAAGCCCUCGGCUGGAGGAGGAGGAGGAGGCGGCGCGUCCAAGCCCUCGGCUGGAGGAGGAGGAGGAGGCGGCGCGUCCAAGCCCUCGGCUGGAGGAGGAGGAGGAGGCGGCGCGUCCAAGCCCUCGGCUGGAGGAGGAGGCGGCGCGUCCAAGCCCUUGGCUGGAGGAGGAGGAGGAGGCGGCGCGUCCAAGCCCUCGGCUGGAGGAGGAGGAGGAGGCGCGUCCAAGCCCUCGGCUGGAGGAGGAGGAGGAGGAGGAGGAGGAGGAGGAGGCGCGUCCAGGCCCUCGUCUGGAGGAGGAGGAGGAGGCGCGUCCAGGCCCUCGGCUGGAGGAGGAGGAGGCGCGUCCAGGCCCUCGGCUGGAGGAGGAGGAGGAGGAGGCGCGCCCAGGCCCUCGGCUGGAGGAGGAGGAAGAGGCGCGCCCAGGCCCUCGGCUGGAGGAGGAGGAAGAGGCGCGCCCAGGCCCUCGGCUGGAGGAGGAGGAAGAGGCGCGCCCAGGCCCUCGGCUGGAGGAGGAGGAAGAGGCGCGCCCAGGCCCUCGGCUGGAGGAGGAGGAAGAGGCGCGUCCAGGCCCUCGGCUGGAGGAGGAGGAGGCGGCGCGCCCAGGCCCUCGGCUGGAGGAGGAGGAGGCGGCGCGCCCAGGCCCUCGGCUGGAGGAGGAGGAGGCGGCGCGCCCAGGCCCUCGGCUGGAGGAGGAGGCGGCGGCGCCUCCAGGCCCGCGGCUGGAGGAGGAGGAGGUGCGUCCAGGCCCUCGGCUGGAGGAGGAGGAGGAGGAGGCGGCGGCGGCGCGUCCUGGCCCUCGGCUGGAGGAGGAGGAGGAGGCGCGUCCAGGCCCUCUAAAGGAGCCUAAAGUGUCUCCAUCAGGUGUUGAACUGGCGCAGGAGAUUCAGGUGACCGUUACCCUGACGGAGGGCCGGGAGUCUCCCCAGAGGUCUGGAACUCUGGCGGACGUGUCACCGCUCGCCUCCCAGAGUCCCGCCUCACCCGUGGAUGAUUUCCAACAGGAAGUGGAAAUAUCAGACUCUUUACAAACGGGAAAAGGUGCGGCGCCCGAGGAGGCUUUGCCCUGCGAUGUAGAGGGGGAGGAAACCAAAUCGGAGGACUCAAAAACCACUUUAGCCACGUCCACCAAAGAAAUAGCUCAUGAGCCUUUGGAGGAGACUACCGGAGAGGCUCCUGUGGAGGAGGAGGAGCCUAUGGAAGUUGCACCUGUAGAAAUGAAGACUUUGGAAUUGGCUGCAAUGGAGACCACUGUUAAGCAGAAUGUUAUGGAACCCAUGCAGGAGGUGCAGGAUGCAGUUGCAGAAAAGGAGGUUGAGGAGAAGUUGCAGGAGUUAGAGGACGAGGAGUUGCCUCCAAGUAUUUUGGACAAGGGGGAGGAUUUGCCUCCAAUUGUUUUGGAUGAGGGGGAGGUGUUGCUUCCAAAUGUAUUGCCCAUUGCAGAGGACACAAUCAGAGAAAAGGAGCUUAGUCCCAUGGCUGAACUUCCUGAAAUGGAGAGCCCCGUAGACAUGGAUACUACGGUAGAAAUGGAUAUCAUGCCCGCCAGCAACCGCAGCCUCUCGGACUUCAGCUCACUGAGGGGAGAGGCCAAAGCCCCGAAGGCUUCCCCUGAAAUGUCUUCCGAGCUCUCGCUCAUGCUGAACCAGUCCCUCGUCCCUACAGAGUCCUUCCCCAGGGAGGCCAGCCCUCCUUGGGCUCAGGUCCAAAUCCAGGCCCAGGCUGCUCCACCACAGACCCAACCUCAUUCUGGAUAUAGUGCUUGUGUGCCUCCCACCACCACAACCUUUUUCCCCCUAACUCCCAAGAUUGGCAUGGGGAAGCCUGCCAUCUCCAAGAGGAAGUUCUCCCCUGGGAGACCAAGGGUGAAGCAGGGAGCAUGGAGUAACCAUAGGGCAGCAAGCCCCCCCUCUUGGUCCCAGCAGGACCCCUCAGAGGGGGGGUGGGAUGGCUCAAAAAACAGGCAGCUGCAGGAGGUGCCCGUCUGGAGCAUGAGAGUGGGUCGUGGUUCGGACUUCCCUGGAAGGCGGAGGCCCCGCGGGGCCAACCUAUCUGGGCGCGGGGGCCGCGGACGCUCUCGAGGACUCAAAGCCGACACCACCCUCGCCAUGACCCCUGGGGCCAGCUUUGUGGAGCAGCCGUACAUGGUGAAAGAAGAGGAGGAGAAUGCCAUGCACAACACUGUGGUCAUGUUCUCAACCUCAGACCACUUCACUCUCAGACAGGACAUGUGUGUGGUGUGUGGGAGUUUUGGCCAGGGGUCAGAGGGCAGGCUGCUGGCCUGCUCCCAGUGUGGCCAGUGUUACCACCCCUUCUGUGUCAAUAUCAAGAUCACCCGGGUGGUGCUGAGUAAAGGCUGGCGGUGUCUGGAGUGCACGGUGUGCGAGGCAUGUGGCCAGGCCAGCGACCCAGGCCGCCUGCUUCUGUGUGACAACUGUGACAUCAGCUACCACACCUACUGCCUGGACCCGCCCCUGCAGACGGUGCCCAAGGGCAGCUGGAAGUGCAAGUGGUGUGUCUCCUGUACCCAGUGCGGUGCCACCUCCCCCGGCAUGAGGUGUGACUGGCAGAACAACUACACCCAAUGUGGCCCCUGUGCCAGCCUGGCAUCAUGCCCGAUGUGCAUGCGCAGCUACCGUGAGGACGAGCUCAUCGUGCAGUGCCGCCAGUGUGACAGGUGGAUCCACGCCUGCUGCCAGGGCCUGGACAGAGAUGAGGAGGUGGAGAAUGCAGCGGAUGAUGGCUUUGACUGCACCAUGUGUAGAAUGCACGCUCUGCCUUCACAGGGCAAAGUGGAGGCCCUCCUAUCUGACAGCUGCGAGGACCCGAUGGUGGCCCAGAUUGUGUCUAAAACGAGAGAUCCAGACAUCCAGAAGACAUACACCCAGGAUGGUGUGUGUCUGACCGAGUCUGGCCUGUGCCAGCUGGAGAGCCUGGCAGUACCCUCCUCAACCCGCCGAGGGCAGAACAGGCGGCCCAAACCCAAGCUCAAGCUGAAGAUCAUCAACCAGAACAGCGUGGCUGUGCUCCAGACCCCUCCGUACUCCCACUACUCAGAGCUGUCCCGGGACGGGGACGGGUACAUGGACGACCGCCGAGAAGGGGACCUCCUGAUGGACUGUGACUUGAAGUCGGACUCCAGUCCGGAACGGGAGCCCGUCGACGACGACGCCAAGGGGGCCGACGGCAACAAGAAAAGGAAGAGGAAACCUUACCGACCUGGUAUUGGAGGGUUUAUGGUCCGCCAGAGAAGCAGGACGGGACAAGGGAAAGCCAAGCGAUCCCUAUCCAGGAAAUACUCAACAGGAUCGUUACCUGAGAACCCAAUGUGCAAAGAGGAAGGGUGGAACAAGACGGAGAGUACUCCAGCGGAGGAGACCCCACCGGUGUCUGAAUGUCUGGAGAAGGUCAAGAAAAGAUACCGCAAAAAGAGAACCAAACUGGAAGAGGAGUUCCCUUUGUACCUGCAGGAGGCUUUCUUUGGAAAGGAGCUGCUGGACAAGAGCAAGCAGAGCAGGCAGGCGGGCCUGGUGACCACAGGGCUCUGUGAGGAGAACUCAGGGGCCCAUGCAGAGACCAAGCCCCGCAGCGUCAACGCCAGCUUCCUGGACCCCUUCUCAGACCCUCUGCUCAGCGCUACCUCGACCACCAUACCCAUCUCCAGCAAAGGAGGAGGACUGCCCAAUUCCGAGGAUCCCUUAGUGGACCUUCCGGAAGUCCUGAGCACGGAUGCAGAUCUCCUGGGAAUGCUGUCGGAUGAUCUGGUGAAGCAGGGGAAUGACUCAGGUCUUGAUUUAUGCCCUUUCCAGGUCGACAGCCCUCCUUCUCCUUUUGCUGGUCUGGACAUGGCCCCCAUCUCUGAUGAUCCCAUUGGGUCCUGUCAGGGCUCUGCAGGCCGGGGGCCCAGGGCUCUACAGGAGGAGCCUCUGGAUGUCAUCCUGAGCCCAGAACUGGACAAGAUGGUCGCAGAUGGUGCAAUUCUCAGUAAACUCUACAAAAUCCCAGAGCUGGAGGGAAAGGAUGUGGAGGACCUCUUCACAGCGGUUCUUAGUCCCAGCACCAGCCAGCCUCCACAGCUGUCUCACCCUGGGGCCAAUGGACCUGGAGCCAUGGCCCUUCCAAACCCAGGCGACGGUGGGAUGUUCCCCCGGAUGCCAAUGAUAAACGGCAUGAUGGGGCCCAACCCCCAUUUUCCUCCAACUCCCAUGAUGUCCGGCGGCACAGGCCCCGGCAACUUCUCACCCAUCCACAGAAUGCCUUUCCAAGAGAAUAUGAGGGACAAGAAGUUUAGCCAGAUGGGGGGUGACGUAGUGGUUCCAUGGAGCGCGCCCGUCCCCGGCCCCCUUCCGGAGGGAGAGACAGACACCAUGUCCAACGCGCAGAGAAGCACGCUCAAGUGGGAGAAGGAGGAGACUCUGGGCGAGAUGGCCACUGUGGCCCCAGUCCUUUACACCAACGUCAACUUCCCCAACCUCCUAGGGGAGUUCCCAGACUGGGCUAUGAGAGUGAAACAAAUCGCAAAAUUAUGGAGGAAAGCCAGUUCCCAGGACAGGGCUCCAUAUGUGCAAAAGGCACGCGAUAACCGGGCAGCGCUGCGCAUUAACAAAGUUCAGAUGUCCAACGAUACGCUGAAGCGACACCAGAAUCCUCACCAGCAGCCGUUGACUGACCCCUUUGACCCCAAUAGUGUCCCCAUGGAUGCUGAGCUGCUCUUCAAAGAUGCUCUCAAGCCCAAGGAGUCUGAGCACGAGCAGGAGUGGAAGUUCAGACAGGGAGAGUUAAAUCAGAUGUGGGGACCGCUUAAGACGCAGCAGGAAAAGGUCCCAAAAAGCAAAGCCAUAAAAUCAACAAAUAAAGACGUCCUUUUUGGACAUUCCAACCAGGCAACUAUAGCUGCAGGAGGUGGAAAAAUGUCUCUGCAAAUGAGACAAAAGUGCAAGCAGCAGGCGAAGAUCGAAGCUACUCAAAAGCUGGAGCAGGUUAAAAAUGAGCAGCAACAACUCCAGCAGCAACAACAACAACAACAGCUGUUUAGCAGUCAGUCAUGUGGAGAUACAACACCUAAUAGUGGGAACCAGAGCCCCAUGACACCUCAGCCCAGCAAUGGUGGAAAGUCUGGAAACUCAUCCCCUCUGCAGCCAAUAGUGUCUAAGGAUGGCUUCGCUAGAUCCCAACUCCCAGUCACGCCCACCUCCGGGUCACAGGAUGACGUGUUCCUCAGACCACAGCUCCUACCUUCGUCAUCGAGGACACCCACCCAGGAGACCUCGUACCCGCAGCAGGGACCAUCCUCCGAGCCCCAGUCACCACAGAUGUUCUCCCCGAGUUCCUCCUCAGGCUCCCGGCCAUCCUCACCUUGGGACCCCUACGCCAAAAUUGUGGGCACCCCGAGACCGCCUCCUGUGGAUGGCGGAUCCACCACGCCCCAGCAGAACUCUCUGUCAGAGAUGCAGGAAAGGGGAGGGAGGCCUUCCCCGGCACACGAGUCCUUUGGCUCGCCCACGUCUGGUAAUGCUGACCCUUAUGCUAAGAUGCCAGAUACCCCCAGGCCACCUGACCCGUUUGUUAAACCCAUGGGACCCGCCAGGGUGGGCCCUUCAGGACUCGUUGAGCAGCAGCAAAAGCAGCAGGUCAGGCACAUGAUGAGCCCUCCCUCUGGAGGUGAGGCUUUUGCCAGAAUAGGGGGCCACCGAGCUGAGGUCUACCAGCGCAUGUCUCACAACCGCAUGAUCCUCUCGGACCCCUACUCCAGGCCCUUGCUCACUCCCAUCCCCGGUAGCAACGAGUCGGGCUCUGUGCCGGUGUUCAAAGCCCCCAUGCCUCCCCAGCAGUCCCAGCAAGAGCCCUACGGUGGCCCUAUGCCUGGGGGACUUAGACGAGGGCCAUCUAAUGGCUUUCCCCAAGGACCACAGGCCGACCCCUAUGUCCAGCAGCCCCUCACCCUCCGUCCGCCCAUGGGGGAAGGGUUCCCCAAUGAGCCCAGGAUGAUGCGCCAACCCCAGGAGGGCCAUUUCUCUCAACCCAUGCCAAUGAUGAGACACCCUCACAGAAACUCAUACGCCCAAGCACCAUCCACCCCGAGACCAGAUUAUUCCCAGCAGAUGCCUGACCCUUACGUCCAACCGCCAGGCACCCCCAGACCUCACUCUGAUGGCCAUGCCCAACCUGCCGGCACCCCAAGGCCACACUCAGAUCCUUCAUACCUGCAGACGCCACCUAGCCUUCAUCUAGACCAGUUUUCCCAGCAGCACCCAGCCAAUCGCAGACAGUCUCCAUCUCACUCCAUUGAUCCUUAUGCCUCCAUGCCAGGUACCCCCAGACCAGCCCCAGGGGAUAGAUUUCCCAAAUCCCCUGCUAGUCAAAGGAACAUGGACCCCUAUGCCCAACAACCCGGUACCCAUCGGCCCUCCAAUGCCAUUCUAUACGUACAGCCCCCUGGAACCCCAAGACCACUCCUCACCGACCCUUAUUCCCAAGCUUCAGGGACGCCCCGGCCAGGAGCUGGUCCUGACGCCUUCAAUCGACUAGGCUCCAGACCGAUACCCAUGUCCCAACUCCCAGCUGACCCCUUCUCCCACCAGUCUCCAGGCAGGAUGCAGGACACGUUUGCCCAUCCAAGUGCCCCAGGCUCUCAGAUAUCUAAGCACCCGGAAAUGUCGGACGAAAGUUUCUCUCUGCCGCAGUCGAAUCAUCACGGUGGUCAAACGCCGAUUCACGACCCCUUUGAACAGGGUCCAAUGACACCUUGUGUUCAAGCUUCAGAAAGCAGCAACACUGUUGCUGCUCAGAACAGCAUGCAGCCACACCUGGGAGACACCGAGGAGAAGCUCAGACAGCGCCAGAGACUGCGCCAGCUAAUCCUGAGGCAGCAGCAACAGAAGACGGCCAUCCGACAAGAGAAGGGACUACUACAGGAAGCUGGUGGAGCUACUGGUGCGGUGACACCCCGUCACUGGUCACAAGAAGAUCCCACCCCGCAGAGCCACAUGUUUGGCAGACCACCACCCCCUUACCCAGGACCCAUGAGGGGCGGCCCCCAAGUUCCCGGGGGUCAAAGGUUCCCUGGUACCUUCCUAGGGGACCAGCGAGGACCCUUCCCCAACGAGGGCCAGUUUGCCAUACCCCACUUCCCCAGGGACAUGGGCAACAUGGGCUUGAGGCCCCAAGGAAUGAGGUUUGGAUUUCCCUCCGGCCAGGAGCAACAUUUCCUCAGGCCCCCUCAGCAGAUGCCUGGCGGGCCCAUGGUCGAAAACAUUCCUCCCCAGAUGAGAAGGUCCCCCUCGGUGGACUUUUCCAGGGGGGGCAAUCCCCAGAUGGGACUCCCCCAGGAUUUCCCUCCACGGGGCCUUACCGUCCAGCAGCACAAUAUCAUGGGUCAGCCGUUCAUCGAGCUCCGCCACAGGGCCCCUGAGAACAGGAUGAAGAUCCCCUUUGGGCAUGGACCUCCCGACGUCAUGGACCCCUCCAACCAAACCCAGAGACCACCCCAGUGCUUCAUGGGAGGCCAGGAGAUUGGCUUCGCCAGGAACCAGGGACCCAGAACGAUGGAUCCCAUGAUGGGCAGACCUUCCCAGGGAUCGGUUGGCCAAAUGCAGAUGUUGGUUAGUAUGGAGAACCUGCACCAGCAGCAGACUGAAGUGCAGGUGACCACUGAACAACAACAGCAUCCUCCACUGAAUAGGUCCCUCAGCCACCCUGUCACUAGUGAGUCACUCAAUGCAGAGCCAUCUGGUAUGCUCUUGCCUGGGUCUAGCACCGGUCAAACGGAGGAGACUCAGAUACACAGUGGAGACGGAAUCGACGAAAACCUGGACGCUGACGACUCUGCAGUGAAGGACCUCGAAGACGUGGAGGUCAAAGACCUGGUCGACCUGAACCUGAACCUCGACCCGGAUGAUGGCAAAGACCUGGACCUGGGACCCAAUGACCUGCACCUCGACGCCUUCCUCAUGUCUGGGAAGUUUGAUCUCAUCGCCUACACAGAUCCUGAGCUCAACCUAGAUGACAAGAAAGACAUGUUCAGUGAAGAUCUCGACCUGGGUGACCCCAUGGAGGAACACCAACAGGGAGAGACCUCUGACCUCCAGAAAGCCCUGUCGGAAAAGAGGAACGCCAGCGGAGACUUCGCAGCCACCUCGUCCCAGUCCGUAGGGAAAUCCUUGCACGGCCAAAUCAGACGGGAGACCAACAAAUCGAAAGAGACCUUGGACAUAGUCAAAAUAGAGGAGACAAUCAAAACAGAGGUCAAAGAUGGACACAUGCAAAACCAGGACCAGCCACUCUGCAGUGGCCGGAUGAAUGACAACAGAACCAUGACUAACCAAGAGGGCACAGGGCUGUAUGAGCAGCCUGGACAGACUGUCUCGGCUCCGGUCCUCUCCAACCUUCUGGUCAAAGAGAAACUGGAAAACACUGGGUUAGGCCCAAACGGCUCUCCUCAUCAAGGGAACAUAGCUUCCCAACCGAACCAGGCCACUGGGCUACACCCAAACACAGGCAUGCAACAUGCCCAAGACAACAACAGGCUCAAUCCCAGCGUGGCUAUGGGACAUCGGGUGAACCCUGCGUUGGUUCAGAGCAGGCUUUCAAUGGGAGACCCAAACCACAUCCUAGGGGGGAACCACUGCUUCGGGGCCUCAGCAAACCAGCAGGUGGAGCUAAACCUAGCCAUGGUGGGAGCCAGUCAGCAGCCCACUACCCAUGGCCUGAACCCCCAGGGCCAGCAGGGCUCCUCGCUGGGGCAGGCCGGUCCACAAAACAGGCCUCUGCUGCUGGACGAGCAGCCCCUCCUACUGCAGGACCUGCUGGACCAGGAGAGGCAAGAGCAGCAGCAGCAGAGGCAGAUGCAGGCCAUGAUCCGACAGCGCUCCAGCGACUCCUUCUUCCCCAACAUAGCAGAUUUUGAUGCCGUCACGGACCCGAUCAUGAAGGCUAAGAUGGUAGCCCUGAAGGGAAUCAAUAAAGUCAUGGCUCAGAACAACAUGGGAAUGCCCUCAAUUGUCAUUAACAGCAAUGAUCCUCUCAGAAUUCAGCAUACGCCAGGAGCCCAUGGACCAGAUGCUGCUGCCACUCUGCCUCCACAUGUGUUUGGACAGGACGGGAAGUUGGCUCCACAGAUGGCGAGACCGAACCCCCCAAAUUUUGGACCUGGAUUUGUCAACGAUGGCAAGAGGAAGCAGUACGAGGAGUGGCUCAAGGAGACCCAACAGCUCCUGCAGAUGCAGCAGAAGUUUCUGGAAGACCAGAUUGGGGCCCACAGGAAAUCCAAGAAGGCCCUGUCAGCCAAACAGCGGACGGCCAAGAAGGCUGGCCGUGAGUUCCCUAAGGAGGACGUCGAGCAGCUGAAGCAUGUGACAGAGCAGCAGAGUGUGGUGCAGAAACAGUUGGAGCAGAUUCGGAAACAGCAGAAAGACCAUGCAGAGCUGAUAGAGGAGUACCGUGUCAAGCAGCAACAGCUAAGUCUACAGGCUCCUAUGAUGCCAGGGAUGCCAGCUCAUGCUGCCCCUAUGAUGCCCAGGGGGCCCCCUUUGGGCCAGCCCAUGAUGACAGUGCAGCCCCACCCCAGCCAACCUAACCUUGCCCGCAUGCCCGACGUGCCAGGCUGGCACCCUGGGGGAGCCCCAGGACCGAUGGGAGGCCCGGGUCCAAGAAUUCCAGCUCAUAUGCCCCCUGCCAGCCCUGCCCAGUUACCACCCCAGACCCAACUACCGCCUCAGCCUCAAUCAGCCUCAAUGGUGCCCGGAGUAAAAGCCACACCUGCAGGCAAAGGAGCAGGAACCCAGGGAGCAAGCGGUGGUGGUGGCAGCAAUAGCCUCGCUGUGAAAUUUGAUGACAACAAUCCAUUCAGCGAGGGCUUCCAGGAGCGCGAGAGGCGGGACCGCAUGAGGGAGCAGCAGGAGAGACAGCGGGUUCAGCUGAUGCAGGAGGUAGACAGGCACCGGGCCAUGCAGCAGCGGCUGGAGAUGGAGCAGCAAGGCCUGGGUAUGGGUCCCGCCGGGCUCCCACACGGCUCCGGAGCGACUAACCCCAGUGGGGAUAGCCUGGCCCACAUGCCAUUCUACAAUACUGAUCUGCCCCAAGACUUCAUGCAGCCCUCUAGACCUCAACAACAAGCACCCCCACAGCAGGGGCAGCUAGGGCCCAUGUACCCCCAGCAGGGCAACGGGGCCUUCAUGCUGGGGGACAAGCGCAGGCCUAUGCCCAAGACUGGGGAUUUUGGUGGUCCCGAGAUGGGUCCCAAUUUCCGUCCCAAAAACCCCAUGCUGCAGGGGCUCAACUUCCCCUCGGGACAGCCCCGUCCCGCCAGAUUCGGAGGCCCUGAGAUGAUGCCCCAGGGUGGGGGCCGAGGCGAGGGACAGGGACCACCGUUCGGAAUGGACUCAUCCACCCCCCUGCCUCCCAACUACCCCGGCUCAGGCCAGUCCUUGAUCCAGCUCUACUCCAACAUCAUCCCAGAGGAGAAGGUCAAGAAGAAGAGGAACAGGAAGAAGAAGAGAGACUCGGUCGAUGACACAGACUCUGUCAAGACCCCGUCCACUCCCCACUCAGACCGCUGCUCCCCGCUGACACCCUCCCGCGGGUCUGACACCUCAUCCACCCGGAGCCUCAGCAUUCCCGGUGAGCAGGAUCUGUCCGAUCUUUUCCUCCCAGUGGGGUCCUCUGGUUUGGCCCCCUCCACAGAACUGGAGAGGCAGCUCUCAGGCAGCAGCUUAGCCCAGGGUGGCUGCUCCAGCAUGGGCUCUGAGAAUGACCGGGCCCCCCUGUUUGACAAAACCCUCCAAAUCAAGUUGGAGAGCAUAGAGACUGAGUGCAGAAGGGACGAGGCGGCCAACGAGGGGUCUGCCUUGCAGCACGUUCCCCGAGCCGGCGGGACAGUAAAGGUGGAGGAGGGAAGCGAGGGGGGGUUUUCUUCGCCCCUCCACGGUGCCAAAGGUGGCGACACAGGGAACGAGCUGCUUAAGCACCUGUUGAAGAACAAGAGCACACCCCCACCGGUCGCCAAUGCCAACCAGACCCUUCCCACACAGCAGAUGUCCUGUGACAAACUGCGCUCAGAGCAGGAGGACUCAUCAGACCGCAAAGCCACUGCCAGGCCAGCCUCCACCGCCAACAACAUGACUCCCCGGCGCAGUCAGCUUACAGGAAGCACCGAGCUCCUAGAACCCUCGGUGCCGGAGCAGGGCAAGAGGAAGCAGCAACGCAACAAACUGAUGCAUAAAAACGGGGUGGAGAAACCACCAUCGCGCUACAAGAGGAGGAAGAAGGAGGAAGAGGAGAAGCAGAUUGGUUAUUCCAGUACUGACACUCUGAUGACCCAGCUCAAACAGCAGCUUUCCCUGCUGCCCCUGAUAGAGCCCCUGAUGGGGGUCAACUUUGCUCACUUUCCCCCCUUCGGCAGCGGGCAGCUGAACGGGGAGAACAAUCUGUCAGGAUCCUUUGGCAGCGCUUCGCUGGGCGGCGUGUCAGACUACUACUCUCAGCUCAUCUACAAGCAGAACAACUUGAGCAACCCACCUACCCCUCCAGCAUCACUCCCUCCCACGCCGCCCCCCGUGGCGAGGCAGAAGAUGGUCAACGGGUUCGCCACGGUCGAGGAGCUUACCAGAAAAGCUGCCGUCUUGGGUGGCCAUGAUGGCCUGAAAGCCAAGCAGCUACCUACAGCGUUCCAGACAGAAAAAGACCUGCUGGCCCAUGCCAUCACCCAGGGGCCCAAGACGGUGGACGUCCCCGCCUCGCUCCCCACACCACCCCAUAACAACCAGGAGGAACUCAGGAGCCAGGACCACUGUGCGGACAGGGACACCCCUGAUAGCUUCGUCCCCUCCUCGUCCCCCGAGAGUGUGGUCGGCGUGGAGAUCAGCCGCUACCCCGACUUGUCAAAUGUCAAGGAGGAGCCCCCGUCCCCUUGCUCCUCCCCUGUAAUUCCCAUGCUGCCUAGCGCCAGCGGGAAAGGGACUGAGAUUAAGCGAGAGGUCAAGACUGAACCCUCAAGCUCCUUUUUCGGGUCCCAGUUCAGACAGGCUCCCUCCUGCUCCAAAGCUGGCCUGGUAACCAUAGCUAUCACCUUGAAUCCGGUCGCAGCGGAGAACAUCCCUGGCAUGGUGGCUGCGGUGGCCGACCUGCUGUGUGUGAACAUCCCUGUUAGCUACGAGGUGAGCCGCGGCCCCGAGCGUAGCUCCCUGGCCCUGCUGGCUGGAGUCAAGGUGCCUCAGACCCAGGGUGUGGACCCCCACCAUGCAGCCAUGUUCCCCCAGCAGCCCCCCGCCAUGAGGUUCCUGAGACCCCCCGGACCGCCCACCCAUCCCGGAAUUAGCCAGCAGCCACCUACCAGCGCUGGUCCGUCUGCCAGGGGAGACAGGCCUAAACCCCAGUGGUGCUGGAACUGCAAGGUGCUGGUUCUGGGAAACGGAGUCCGCAAGUCCACCAAAGACCUACCCUGCAGCAAACGGGAGAGACCGAACCAUGCCGGGGGCAGCAUGGUCUUCUGCAGCCAUAACUGUUUCGUCCUCCACGCCACUGCCACACAAUCCAAAACCAUGGACAGUAAGCCAAACAUGUCUCCUCUCUUGCCUGAGUCGUCGGUCAAAGAGAGCCCGUCCAAGGUGCUCCACCAGUAUAGUAACAACAUGUCCACACUGGACGUCCACUGCCUGGCCCAGCUGCAGCCCAAACAGUCGCCCCCCUCCAGCCCCCGUCUCAUCUCCUUCCCCUCUGAGAAACCCAAGCCGGACACUCUCAAGGUGACGGUCAAAUUCAAGCCAAGGCCCAGGGCGGUCCACUCAGCCAGCGGGGAAGGUGAUAUGUCGCCGCACCACCACAAGCGCUGGAAGGGCCUGCGUUGGCGCAAGUGGAGCGUGCACAUUGUGGUUCCCACUAGGAGAACGCUGCUGUCCUCUCUGCCCAGUGAGGACGAGAUGGACAAGCUGCUGAGGAAGCUGGGUGCCUCUCUGCGUCCUGAUCCCCUUCCCCGCGACCUUCGACGUUGCUGCUUCUGCCACGAGGAGGGCGACGGUGUGACGGACGGGCCCGCCCGGCUCCUCAACCUGGACCUCGACUUGUGGGUGCACCUUAACUGCGCACUGUGGUCAUCGGAGGUGUAUGAGACGCAGGCAGGCGCCCUUAUCAACGUGGAGCUGGCGUUACGGCGGGGCAUGGCGGUGCGCUGUGCCUACUGCCAGCAGACGGGUGCCACCAGCCGCUGCCACCGGUUGCGCUGCGCCAAUGCCUACCACUUCACAUGCGCCCUCAAGGCCCAGUGCACCUUCUUCAAGGACAAGACCAUGCUGUGCCACCUGCACCGGCCCCGGGGCAUCGGCAGCGACAGGGCCGUGGCGCCCGCCACUAACGACCACGAGCUGCGCUGCUUCGCAGUGUUCCGCCGUGUCUACGUGCAGCGUGAUGAGGCGCGGCAGAUGGCCAGCAUCAUGCAGCGUGGCGAGCACCAGCACACGUUCCGUGUGGGCAGCCUGGUGUUCCACACUGUGGGUCAGCUGCUUCCUCAGCAGAUGGCCGCCUUCCACUCGGCCAACGCCAUCUUCCCCGUGGGCUACCGGGCCAGCCGCAUCUACUGGAGCACGCGUCACGGCAACCGCCGCUGCCGCUACCUGUGCUCGGUGGAGGAGAACGAGGGCCGGCCGGAGUUUGUGGUGCGGGUGAUGGAACAGGGCUACGAUGACCUGGUGCUCACCGGCGCCUCACCCAAAGGUGUCUGGGACAAGAUUCUGGAGCCUGUGGCUGAGCGGCGUAACGAGUCUGGAACGCUGAAAUUGUUCCCCGUCUACCUGAAGGGAGAGGACCUGUUUGGAUUCACUGUCACUGCUGUCACCAGGAUCGUGGAAUCGCUCCCUGGAGUGGAGGCCUGUGAAAGUUAUACUUUCCGUUUUGGACGGAACCCUCUGAUGGAUCUCCCCUUGGCCAUCAACCCAACUGGCAGUGCCCGCUCGGAACCCAAGACCUGCACCCAUGUCAAGAGAUCUCACACUUUGUCCAGCACCGGCGGCUCCUCUAAAUCCAUGCAGACGGUUGGCAGCGUGGGUGUGGUGGAAGCACCAGAAGAGGUGACCCCCAAGCAGUUUGCAUCCGUCCCCUUCCAGUACCGACGCAUGAAGGCAGAGUGGAAGAGCAAUGUGUACCUGGCGCGCUCCCGCAUUCAGGGGUUGGGUCUGUACGCUGCCAGGGACAUUGAGUCCCACACCAUGGUGAUUGAGUACAUCGGUACCCUCAUUCGCAACGAGGUCGCCAACCGGAUGGAGAAGAUGUAUGAAUCCCAGAACCGUGGAGUCUACAUGUUCCGCCUGGACAGUGAGCAUGUCGUCGACGCCACCAUAACAGGCGGACCAGCAAGAUAUAUCAACCACUCCUGUGCCCCCAACUGCAUCACUGAGGCCGUGAGCUUGGAGAGAGGUGUUAAGAUCGUCAUCAGCUCCUGCCGUAAUAUCCAGAGAGGAGAGGAGCUGUGUUACGACUACAAAUUUGACCUGGAGGACGACCAGCAUAAGAUCCCUUGCCACUGUGGUGCAGUCAACUGUCGGAAAUGGAUGAACUAGAACAGAGUUGCAGGAAAAGACGGGCAACGACACUUUAAAAUUACACACACACGUGCAUUCCUUAUAGGCUUGUUGGUUGAUACGCUAUUGCUUAAAAAAAAGAAUUUAUCGGGGGAAGAGACUGACCGCAGAACUGUUAGGGGAAUCAAAAGGCAGAAAGACUAUUUUUAUAAAGGCAGUGAGCCGAGUCUUUCACUCUGCAAAAAAGAGUUGAGAUGGAUUUUUGUUAAUAUUAAAACGUGUGAGAGGGAAAUGGGUUAAGGGAUUGGGGCUGGGGUAGAAUUCACCAGUUAACCAGGAGAGUUUUGUGCUGGCCACCGCCUUAUUGAGUUAGAGAGGCAGGUCCUCCGGAUUAAGAAAUAUAUACAUAUAUAGUUACAGAAAUGUAGACGCCACUGAACAAGGAAUGUACAGAGAGGACUUCCUUAGGGACAAAGCUAAGGGAUUAUUAACUUGCACUAAAAACAAAAAAUUAGUUAAAUACUUGAUUCCAUGAGUCAGUUUGUUUUUGAUUUAUGUAAAAUAAGAGAUUUUUUUCGUAUUUAUUAUCAAAUGAAGUUAUUUUUUUAAAUGAGGAGAAAGAGUCACCGGCAAACUGCAGCCCAGUCUAAUCAGAACGUGUUACUAUAUACAAUGUGUAAAUAUCUGUAAAAAAGGAAAGACGAAAUUAAGUAAAUAAUCAGCCAAAUGCUACCUUAGCUUCAUGGAUGAUUCUUUUGUUUUUUUCAACAACAAAAAAGUAUUUAAGAAGGAUAUCAUUGUGCAGAAUGUGUAAAAGUCCAGAGUAUUUUUGUUUUAUUUAGAAUGUAGUUGUGUUGUCUAAAAUUAUGACCACUUGAAGAAUGUUUUCUGUUUCUUUAAUUUUACGACAAUUUAUUUGCAUUGACACGCGCAAUCUAAGAAUUGCACAGAGCACCAAUCAGAGACUGUUACAUCCUAACCCUUAGUUAAUCAGAUUUGAACGUAGAAUUAGAGAACUGUGAAUUUAGGUUGGAAACCACCCACACCAUCGGUUAGCUUCUUUAACUGUAUCAUACGCACAGUAGUCUGAUUUACCCCAUGCUGUUAAUUAACAGACACAUGUUUUAAAAAUAUGUCUUUCACUUACCAGUUGCAGGGGACUCCAUUAUGCUUUUGACAAAAUUUGUUGUUUACAUUUCUUUUGAAGAAGAAACAUGCUGGGUAGUUGAGAAAAAAAUUCUGAUUUACUUCUUGACUCAAUCACAAAAGUCAAUCUGGUACUAGCAUUUUUCUGACCAGUUUGAAAUGAAGUUUUCAUUUGUGUGCACAAAAGUCGGUAUAAACAGUAUGUAUGUUUUCAAAUUGUACAUAAUUUUCCCUCGUACAAUAUUCAGACCUCUUAACAGUAUGUGUCUUUUCUUUGUCCUGUAUAGUAGUAUCUAAUGUAAGAAAAAACAUGGAAGGCUUUUAAAGUAUACAGUGUGAUGGGUUGUGGAAUCAGAUCAUUUACAAAAAAUAAAAUAUUUUACAUCUGAAA